ACUGGCUCGGAGGUGGUUGGGCCCCAUCUGGUCCCCGGGUGUCUGUUUCUGCCUCACCCCCUGAAACACGCACGCGCGCACUGUGCUCCGCAGACCCCGCAGCGGCGGAAGCGCGGGUCUCGGCGGGAUGAGCGCUGACCCGCGCGUGCUUCUCGGAAAACCUUGGCCCCCGGGGGCCCGCCCCGCCGGCGCGCGGACUUGAAUGCGUGCUGGGAGCGGUCCGUGUCGCCGGCGGAGUGCGGGUUUUAACCCCACCGCCCCGUACCCCUCCCCGGCCGGCUUUUUUCACCAAGGGAUCCGCGUUAAGCGCCGGGCGCGGAGUCAGCAACCCGCGCCGCCACGGGAAACACGGAGUUUCUAAGACUGAGAACCAAGUGGUGGGGGAGGGGCUGGAAACCCCGGGCGAGCCCCCACGUGCUGCCACCCGCUUAGCCGCCGAGUUGCCGGGGCCCCGCGGGGCGAGGCACCUCCCCGAGCCCAGGGCCCGUGGGGCGUUCUCCGGUGUCGCUGUGGCCUCCUUGGGCGGGUCCCAGGAUGGGGCAACCCUGGCCCCCGGCUGGAAAUCAAGGGAGCAGCCUGCUGGUGACAUGUGUUGGUUUGGUUCUCAUUAUUGGACGUUCUCUUUUCUUCACUUCUCUUAUCCCUGCAUUCCUCAAUCUUGAUUCUACUCCAAGCAAUUUUCUCUCCGGAAAGGAAGCCCUGCCAGGCCAGUUUCAAGAUCCCAGGACACUGUUUGUAUGUUGUUUUUGGCCACACCCACAGCAUGCAGAUGUUCCUGGGCCAGGGAUCGAACCCAUGCCACAGCAGUAACAAUGCCAGAUCCUUAACCCACUGAGCCACCAGGGAACUCCACGAGUUCACAAAGCCUUUGAGGUCUUGCUGCAGGACCUUCAUAUCCUCCCUCUAUUGAAAUGGGCCAAACCACUCCCGGUUUCAGCCACUCUCUGCAGACUGGUCUGCCGGCUUCUGCCUGUUAUUCUGGUAGACGCCCAGUGGCCUCUCUGCGUUCUCCCACUUGGACACCAGUAGCGCACAAGCUGUGUGGCUUUAGCGGUUGGUCCCAUCUGUUUGUACUUUGGGGUUGACCAAGACACCUUGGCACUGAAUUAUCUGGCAAAUGUCACGCAUAAGGUUUUGUCUUUUCUAGCCAGUUGCUCUGCCUGUUGUUACUUGGGGAUUUGAGAAAAUCCGAAACUAUAUUCAAAGACACACGUCUCCCAGGAGCUCUCCCACUGUUUCCUUUUCAUAGCCUGAGAAAACUCCAUUUCCAGAGUGGUUAACUGAUGUGCUUACAGUCACACGGCUGGUGAAGGCUGAUGCCAGCAUUUGAAUCUGGGUUCUGAUUUCGAGCCCUUAUCUUUUUCUACUACAUUUUGUUUGAAAACUGCUUGUAUGGCAUUCCUGUCGUAGCUCAGCCGUAAUAAAUCAGACUAGUAUCCAUGAGGACGCGGGUUCAAUCCCUGGCCUCGCUCAGUGGGUUAAGGAUCCGGCUUAGUCGUGCGCUGUGGUGUAGGCCGGCAGCUGUAGCUCCAGUUUGACUCUUAGUGCAGGAACUUCCAUAUGCUGCAGGUGCGACUGUAAAACGAAGAAUAUCAGCGUGUGGGCAGGGCUGUGCUCCGACUGAAACCUAUUGGGAAUCCUUCCUCCCCUCUUCCCAGCUCGGGGGCUCGGCAGCAACCCUUCGUCCCUUGGCUGGUGGCCAUGUCACACCAUCCCUCCUCCUUCCCAAGCCGUCUUCUUACGAGGACAGCAGUCCUGCCGGGUCAGGGCCCCGCUGUACCCCAGGCGGCCUCACCUCAGCCAGUUACACCUGCAGUGAUUCCAUUUCCAAAUAAGGCCACAUCCCGAGGUGGGGGUGGGACUUCAACUUGUCCCUGGGGACACAGUGCAACCCACUAUAGCGUGUCCCCCCCACCCACCGGGAGGUUACCUGUCUUUUUACUUUUUGCUUCAGGGGAGGGAUGGGACAGAGCAGAAGAGAAACCUAAAGUCAGUGGGGAUGCAGGCAUGAGGUCUUGGCCAGAAACAGCGCAGCGGGUUUCCCUGCAGGUUUGAGACGGUGUCUUCCUGAGCAGCACGGCCAGGGAGGCAGCACAGGCCCAGGAAGGGAGGGGCCCCGUGGUAUCUGACGAUGGAGAAGGUCACCCUCGCCUGGUGCCCUGGACCGAACGUAGCCAGGAAGCCACAGAGAACGCCAGGUCUGAAGGCCAUGCCCACCAGCCGGAGAGCAUGCCUUGGCCCUUUGGUGCCUCUGUCCCCAGCGCGGUGUAUGGAGCCUAGUAUGUUCACGGGAAAAGUCAGGCAUCUGAAGGAGCCUGGAUCCCAGGGUACAGGCCCUGUGUCCAUCAUGUGAGCUGGGCAUAGAGACCUCAGCAUCCUCUAAACCAUGGAGAUCAGAAGCAUCAAAAUCACUUCCCAUGAAAGUGAAAUAAGGUUCCUAACCUGCCCGGCACUGGGAAGGCUUCGCAAACGACACUGCCUUUCUCCUCGCUCCCUCUCUGAGCCUCAGCUUCUUUUUUUUUCCUCCUUUUUCUUUUUAUAGCCACAUAUGGAGGUUCCCAGGCUAGGGGUCGAAUCGGAGCUGCAGCUAAGGGCUACACCACAGCCACAGCAACACCAGAUCUGAGGCGCAUCAGUGGGUGAACUACACGGCAGCUUGCAGCAAGGCCAGAUCUUUAACCCACUGAGCGAGGCCAGGGGUCAAACCCACAUCCUCACAGAGACAACAUCGGGUCCUUAACCCACUGAGCCACAAUGGGAAUUGCUACGUCUCAGUUUCUCAAUCUGUAAAAUGAAGAUAACAUUUUACCAUGAAGUGUUCUUUUAAGAGUCAAAAGAAAAUAGCACAUGUAAAAAAAAAAAAAAAAAACCUGUAAAUUGUAAAGAACGAUGAAAAUAACAGUUGUUACUGUUCAAGGAAUUGCUGAGUUAAUUUUGACCGUCAGUACACAACUGGCUGCGCCUACUAAAGGCCCCAUUAAGUAGGACAGGUGCACGCCAUCCCGUAGCUCAGGGCCACCUGGUGGGGCGCGGAGCAUCCUCUCUCAGUAGAGGUCAAGGUCCGCCCGCAUCCCCAUCAGAGGGUAAUUCCUUCCUCAUCCUGUUUCUCUCCUAAACCUUCAUCCACGGAGCCCCCUUUUAUGACAAGAGGAAUUCAUUCAAUGGCCUCUCAUGUGUUAGACUGGCCAGGCCAGGGCUUUGUUCACCAGCCCUGAAGUGUGGAGCUGAGCCACCCGCUUGCACAGGGGCCACACAAGUGGAGUCUCGUGCUGCAUGUGUGCAUUCAGCAGCCAGGUGUGGUCUCGCCCACACACACCUCCAGCCUUCCUGGACCGAGGUGAAUCUAGAUGACGUGGGCCCGUCUCCCAGGGGACUCCUCAGGCAGCUCCUCAGCUGCCUCCUGUCUGUGGUCCUACCUGAUGUGACACCACGGUGUCCCCAUCCUUCUCCACGACAGGUGCCUGGUCCAGGGGCAGCCACAGCCCAGCGCCCCGCUCCCUUCGCCUCUCCUUCAUCUCCAGUUCGAAGCGCUGGCAGUUCAGAGAGACUGUGGUGUGGACGCUUGUGUGUCCAGAACCUGUGCUGGCCGCCUGGAGGUGCACCCACUCCUCAAGCAGCCAGUAGACUUGUACAGAUCCCCUUCUGUGUGCAAGACUCAUGCUAGAAGCUGCAGGGGAUCUAAAGAAGCACUGCCUGCCUUGCAUCGAACCCGAGACACCAGACCGACUGCGUGGGGGACCAUUGCUUUCUUUCCUGUCAAGAAAGAAGUGCCCUGACAGUUAAGCUGUGACUCGUAUCGAUGGUAAGAUGUAUCCUGAUUUCAGAGUUGAUGAAUUACUGUGCGAGGCACUGUGUCUCUUAAAGGGCUAUAAUCUUCCCAGGGAAAGAAUACGCUGGCACACACUCAUAGCAGGGGGUCAUGCCUGGUUGACUCUCAGAGGAGUUGCAAGGAUUUAGGUGCUCGAAUUUCUGAGGCUAGAAGUGGCUGUCAUUGGUUGGAUCUUGAAGUCCAAGUUGGACCAAUACCACCUGGAUGGUGUCGAGAAGGGCCACUGAGAAGAGAGGAAAGAGGCAGACACAGGUGGAGCAGGUGUGUAAAGGUCGGAAGCUGUCCAGGCUGCAGAAAGAGGAUGAAGUAGGAAAGGCAACCCCGCUUCAGGUUGGGGUCAUCCCUGAGGAGUUCGGUGUUUAUUUUUUAAGCACUGGGGAGCCACAGAAAGUUUUAGAGCAAGGGAGGAACACACCAGGCCGUCCUGGGGGAUAUUAUUUUGAGGGUGACAGGCAGGAUCUAGGGAAGCAAUAGGCUGCAGGCAGAGGACCUGUUUCAGAGAUACCAGGUGUGAAGCAAAGAGAAGAGACCGGCCAUGUGGAAUGAAGAGGAAGGAGCAGAAGGAAACUCUGGAACUCAGGAAAAUAAUUGAGCAAGACUUGUUCAGGAGCAGGGGUGCCACGAGACUGUAUUCUAGGAGUUCCUCCUGGGGCACAACAGGAUUGGCAGUGUCUCUGGAGCCCUGGGACGCAGGUUCGAUUCCCAGCCCCGCACGGUGGGUUAAGGAUCCUGCAUUGCCAUAGCCGUGGCUUAGGUUGCAACUGCGGCUUGGAUCUGAUCCCUGGCCCAGGAACUCCAUAUGCCAUGGGGCAGCCAGAAAAGAAAAGACUAUAUCCUAAAAUGUGGGCGUGGACAGCCGAAGAUGCAUUGCCAGAGUAAGGACCUCCUGGGCCCCCUUUGCCGCCCCUGGCCCUCGGGAUCAAUACAAAAGAAAGCCCGGCACAGACUCGGGUCGAGGCACCAAGGUCACUCCAGGCUGAAACCGCUUCAUGGUUGCCAUAGUUUUGUCUUCUAUAAAGUGGUUCUUGUGAUACUGACGCCUUUGGUGACACCGAACCUGAGACUAAAAAACAUGCCCUGUUGUUCUAAGUCCCCGAGGCGUUUCACAAACAGCCUCCUUUGUUUUUUCGGCCUCUCUGCCCCUGUAUGUAAAGCAAGGACAAGCUUUACUGCAGGUGCAUUGGGAAACCAAAUGACCUUUAUAGAAAUCAUGAAAUCGGAAGCAAACCUGGGAAUAAAUCCAAGGUUUCCUGAUUCAACAUUGUAUCUAAGUGUGUAUGUUUGCUGCAGACCUUGCUGCCCUCAAUAAAAUAGAACCGGGUGCUGUGUACACUUGGAGAACGCUGUAAAUUCCAGGUACUGAGCCAGGAGAGAGGGUUUAUUCAUGGGGGAGGAUUGACCCUGCCUGAGAGAGUCUACGCCGCCCCUGAUGCUGGGGGCCAGGUGUGGGCUGUACAUGCCAUAGCAGAGCUGGCACCUGGCAUGGCCAUCAUGCCCUGGGUUUCAUCCUGUUGGUUUUGGAGGCUCUAAGAGGAAACACUUCUUCUUGAGGACAAAGUCCAGGGAAUAUACGGAACAAGCAGAGUUUCUUUCCUUCUUGUUCUUUAAACGGAACCGUAUAUUCAAAGAUCAGUCUGGCUCCAAAGUAUCUGUUUGUAGUGGGCAUUAUCCAUCUGAGAACAAAUCAAUGAGAUGCCGCAGAAACAAAGUGGAGUCUCUGUCCUCAAGAAGCAUCGUCCCAGCAGAGCGAGGAGGUCUGAGGUUAGUAAAGAAGAAGGGCAUUUCCUAUGGGCCCAGGGGCAAUGAAGCCCACGUGGCAACAUGGCACCAAGGGCCCGCUGCAGCUGCCGUGGUCGGACAGCGCCUCUCUGAAGACACCUGAGCAGUGAGGAGAAGGGAGCCAGAAAGGCCCUGGGGGAGCAGAACAAGGCCCCAAGGGUGGAACCAGCUGGAGACAGAGAAGGAACCAGUAUGGUAGCGGUAGGGCUGGAAGUGGCAGCACGGGGAUUGCCGGCCUUCAUAGAGGGUUUGCCUUCUAUUGCAAAGGGGAUCCAGAGCUGCCACGUCUGAUCUUCUCAGUAGAAUGUUCAUCCCCGCAGCCGUAUGUGGGAUGCCGUGCAGGGUAAGAGCAGAAGCUGGGGCAGAGAAAGUGGUCCAGGUGAGGGGUGGUGGUCAGGCCAGGGUGGUGAUGCACAGGAAGGAUGAUGGCUCACUUGAGGGCUGAUGGUUCAUCUGAGGGCUCAUGGUGGCCUGGGCUAAGGUUUCCACAUUAAAAGUGGUAGAGCUAAGAUACAAGAAAACACUUGAGUUUGGGCAGAGAAAUUCCACAGGUUUCAUUUACUGAGACUUGGGGAGCAGAUUGGGGGCAUUUAGUUGCUCUCUUUUAGCCACAUUAAGUUUUAGGUGCCUUUUGAUAUCUAAGAGGUGACUCCAAGCCGACGGUCGGGUGGUCCUGUGUGGGACUCCCAUGCCAGGCUUGGGCUGGAGUUAGAUGCUGCAGAACCAUCAGUGCAGAAGUGGAGUCAUGGGACUGGCUCUGAUUACUGUAUGGGCUUCCUGUGGCUGCUGUCACAAAGUGCCACAAGCUAGGUGGCUCAAAACAGCAGAAGUGGGUGGAUUCACUCACAGUUCUAGAAGCCAGAAAUCCGCAAUCAAGGUGUCAGCCAGGCUGGGCUCCCUCAGAAAGCUGCAGGGGUGGGUCUGUCCUGGCCUCUUCCAGCUUCUGGUCACUCCUUGGCAUCCUGGGCAUCCCGCAGCUCGCAGCUGCCUCGCUGCCAGCUUUUCCCAUCACAGGACCUCCUCCCUCCUCUGCGUCCAAAUCUCUCUGACCUUGUAGGGACGCCGGUCAUACUGGACGAGGCUCCGCCCUCCUCCGCUGUGACCACAUCUGAACUUGAGGACAUCUUCACAUCCAAAUAGGACACAGUCAUGGGUUCCAAGAGGACGUGAAUUUUUGUGGGGAUUCUAUUUAGCCCAGGACAAUUACCCUGGGAAAGAGUGUAGACAGAGAAGAAACCUGAUGGGUGCAGAACUCUGGGUCCCGUGGCCGAGAGGAUGGAGAGGGGGAGCUGCCUGGUGAGGAUGGCGUGGAGGCCACGGCCACGGCCGCUCGCGAGUCCCGGGAGAAGUGAUCAGCUGCUGAGAGGCGACUGACUGUUUGGCUUUGGAAACGUGGAAAUCAAGGGCAACUCCAAAAAGGCUCUUUUCAGCCAAAGCACCAUUAGGUUGGGCCGAAGGCAGAGUGGGGACAGUGAGAAAAUAAAAACAGCAGGUAGAAACAGCUUUUUUCUUCGAGACCUGCAAGUGGGGUGUGGAGAUGGGGUCGGGGAGGCUAAAAGGACGGGAGGUGGUGGGACGUCUGGGUGACGACGGGGUGCAGCCGAGUUGUGGGGGAGCUUGUGAUGCAGGAGGGGCAUCUCUGAGCUGGUGAGGGACCAGCAUCCUGUACCCCUGGGGAGGGUGGCUUCAGAGAGGAGCGAGACAGGGCAGUCGCUGCGACAGGAGGGGCGUUUGCCAUGUUUCUGGUGCAGGGACAUCGUGGGACUGCUGAUGGGAAGAAGACAAGUUCUCCGAUUGCCUGUGUCUCACCUCCAGACCGUGGUGAGAUGGGAAAUAGGGGGAAGGAUGGGGCGGGGUUUCGUGGACGACUUGGAGGGAAGUGGAUGCACUGGCGACGCCCAGCAGGGGCCAGGCUGGUCCAGUAGACGUGGAGGGAGUGUGCUCCGCGGUCUCUCGGGCGAGGUCCAGCAGCAGCUGUGGGCAAGGGGUGGCUGGGUCUGAUCCUAGUUGGGCUUCUGCAGAAGGAGAAAUGAGGGGUUCUAGAAGGAGCGGCUAUGGUGAAGCCUGGGCCCACAAGGUGGGCAGUAGGAGGAUGAGGGGGGAGCGGAGGGCUUUGGGGAGGGGUCUCACUGGAGGGGAGAGUUGUGGACACAGGAGCACAGGCGUGUGAGCGGUGAUGGAAGGCGGCGGUCGGUGUGUGUCUGAGAUUGGAGUUUCAGAAGCAGGAGUGUUUGGUUAGGACAGAGCAUUCUGCUGGAGAGUGAGAGAAGUGAGAGGCCAGGGCCUCAUGGGGUAUCCAGUGGAGUUGUAUGAGUGAAGAAAAGCAGGGCUUCCUUGAUUUGUCCUCCUACAUGGUAGGACGUAAAAGGCAAAGGAGGAGUUCCCUGGCGGCGCUGGGGGCUAAGGACCUGGAUCAUCAUAGCUGUUGCUUGGGUCACUGCCGUGAUGCAGGUUUGGUCCCUGGCCUGGAGAACUUCUGCCUGCCUUGGGUGAGUCCAAAAAACAAUUAAAAAAUAAAUAAAAGGCAGAGAGGAAGUUUCCACUGUGGUGCAGUGGGUUAACAAUCCGGCUUGUCUCUGUGGAGGCACCAGGUCAACCCCCAGCCCUGGCCCAGUGUAAUGGGUUAAGGUUCAGCAUUGCUACAGCUGCGGCCUAGGUUUCAGCUCCAGCUCUGAUUUGAUCCCUGGCCCAGGAACAUCCAUAUGCCUGGGGGCAGCCAAAAAAGAAAAGAAAGAAAGAAAACAUAAUAAAAGGCAAAGAAAGUCAAUAUGCUUUGCAGGAGUUAAGGGGCCAAGCGCCAAGAGAAGAGGGUCUGUAGGGAAGUGAGCCUGACAUUGGGUUGUGCCUUCCAGGCCUCAGGGCAUUUGUCAACCCUAACUGCCCGGGUGAGAGGGCAGCUGCACGGGGCCAAGCAGGCCUGCCAGCAGCUGCACAGACCUGGAGAGACAAAAGCUAGAGUUCUGUGCCCGCCUGGCAGGAGGGCCCAAGAGGCAUCUCUGGCUUGGGAGGAAGGGCCCACAGAAACAGCACACCCUCUGGACGUCUGUGCAGUUUGAGAUGAGGAUGGACUUAGCACUGAAGGAGUCCGACAGCCUUGACAGAAGGAAUGGUUAACAGAAUCAGGGCUCCCACUGAUCCAGUACAAUUGCCCUAAAGACCAGAGAGAAUUUGCUGCCAGCUUAAAAUUUCUGAGGCCCUGCCAGCUCUUAAUAUUAAGGUGGAAGCAAAUUUUCUCUUGUUUGUUGUUUUGUUGUUAAGUUUGCAACAUAAAGACAUUUCCUGGGAAGUUCCCUGGUGGCUCAGAGGGUUAAGGAUCCGGCAUUGUUGAUGUAGCAGCUCGGGUCGCUGCUGUGGUAUGGGUUCGAUCCCUGGCCUGGGAACUUCUGCUUGCCGUGGGCAGCAGCCAAACAUUUUCCCUGGGCUAAGAUUCCCCAGGUGAAUCAAGUUAACGUUGGUUGAGCCUAGCUCUCUGCUGGAUGUGGGUUAUCUCGUUAAUCCUCUCAUCAUGCUGUUUAACCUCCAAACACCCCAUGUGCUGUUUCCAUCAUCUCCUCUUAGGGCUCAGCCCAUCGCAGAGGGUAGGGGUGGUUUGCUCGCAUUCGAGCAGCUGGUCGGGGUAGCGCUUGGCAAACCCCAGGUCCUCUGACUCAGAGUCGGAGGCAUCACACCGCCUCCCUCGGACUGGCACGUGUUCUGCCCUUCGUGGUUUGAAGCCCAUGGUCCCUGAAAGAACAGAAGCCAAAUAAGACUUCAGCAGCUCUGUGUUUUCUCUGUUCAGUUUCACCAUCUGUCCCUUCUCGUUCCUGUUUCUCUGAGCAGAGCUGAGGUCUGUUUGAGAAGCUGAUCCAGCGUCGUGAGCCUGAAGGCAGAGAGGCUGUAGCUCUCUGGACACUGGUUUAGCCUCUGGCCCUCUCUUACUGGGUCCCGGGUUACAGCCCGUCUAGCAGGGGUGGAGAACGUGGGUUUGAUGUUAAGCCGACCUGAAGUUGGCCCUUGGCUCCUGGCAGGAGUCCAGCUCUCACCCGCUGUGGGUUUGAGGGUCUCGCUCCCUGUGCCGCAGGUUCCCCGGGGGUGAACACUGCCCCUCCUGUUUCCCACGCCCUGUGUGGUCCCGCCUGCUCCACACCUGGGCUGGCACCAUGACAAGUGAUGCUGUGCAUUCCUGUACCAGGCCUGGGAAGACCUGGGCCUCCUCCUUGGUGCUGCAGGGAGCGAGCCAUCAUGGAGGAAGUCUGCCGCCCAUCAGCAAACCCACGUGAAGAAGCCAUUUGGAGAAGCGUGGAGAAGAGCCACCCAGAAUCCCAGCCCUGCCUGCCCCCCAGCCAACCCGCCAGCUUCUGGGGGCUCCAAGCAGGCCAGCCCCUGGGAGGCCACCGUCUCAGUGGCCAUCACAUGGAACGGAACGCCCAGCUGAGUCUGGUCAACCAAGGAAUCAGGCAGGCUAAUUGAAUGGCUAUUGUUUUAAGCCUCUGAUAGUUGAGUGGUUUGUACACAGCAAAGAUCCUUGAAACAUUGUUAACUGGGGGUGGGGGAGGGGAGGGGGAACUCAAGUAAGUACAGUGUCCUGGAGCUGGCAGCGUCUAGAAGGCUCUGAGCCACUGGGAAAGUGACUUUCUCCUGUGGGACAGGCAGUCCUUCUCCGAGGGACCCAAGAAGAUGCAACUUGCCUUACCCAGGUGGGGAGGCCGAGACGGACGCCCUGCACUGUUCACCCUGUCCCUUGGCCUCACAAAGCAUUUCUGGCUGUGCACCUGUGAGCUACGGCGCCCGAAAGGGGUUCAGUGGGAAAAUGCAGAGAGGGACGUCACACCCACAGCAGCCUGCCCCUCCGAGCAUCUCUCUUCAAGGGAUGAAGGGACAAUGUUUGUGCCACCCCAGACCCCUCAGGUAGAGGGAGGCAUUUGGAUACUGAGAUGCUGGGAUUCUUCAGGUCAAGGCUGGGACACAAAGACUCAGGUCGCUGGGCUUGUCAUAGCCACCGCACGUCCUUCAGCGUCCUUCCUCAGAUGGCCCUGGGAGCCUGGGAGGCGUGUGUCACACAAGAGGAUUCAAAUGAGAAAAUCCCACUGAAAUCCAGGGCCCAAAGCACUGCGUUUGCCUAAUGAACCAACAUGGGGGUCGAUGAUGGGAGCUUGACCACAUCUCCUAUUUCCCUUUUUCAUGGCUACCAAGUGGAUCCUGUGAACGUCAUGCUCAGAUUCUUAAAAGCAAUCUUCUCGGGAUCCUGACAAAAGAAUCUAGCCCCUUUGGUUCUCACCCAUGCAUUCAUUCAUUCAGCAAAAUUCACCAGGCUCUCAGCUCCCUGGUCCCCAAGGUGAGGGAGUACUUCCUGGGGGAGCCGUAGUCCAUCGGGGAGGGGGACACAAAACACAAGGAGAAGAAAGAACAGGAAGGUAACUGCUGGUGCAGCGACUGCAAAAGACACACCAGCAGUAACAGGCUGGAAAGUGAACUCUGGCAGUUGGGGAGGCAUUAGCAGAAAGUAUCGUUUCCCCUACAUCUCCAAGGAGCAGUCAGACUCUGGAGCAGUCGCUGCAGUGGCUGGAGCCAAGGGAGCAGGCGCGCUGGGGCUGGCAGGGCUGGUGGGUGAGGUUGCAAGAGCUCAGAGGGCUUCCUGGCCAGAUCUAAAAAGUUCAGGUCUUUAUCCUGCAGGCAAAGGGAGGCAGCAGGAUUUCAGACAGGUGAGUGACAUUAACUGCUGGGUUCCCGGGAUGAUAAGGCUGGCGGCAAAGUGGAGGAUGAAACAGACAGGGGAGAAGCCAAUGGGGAGGCUGAGGAAAUAGUUCUAUGUGGAAGGUGAUGCAGCCUUGAGCAGAGGCUGUAAUUGAGAGCACUGGGUUGGGAGGAAGGAGCGGAAGAAGUUAAGAAUGAUGCCCAGGACUUUACCUGCUGGCAUGAUGGGGUGUGUUCCGGAAGGGAGAAACGUUCUCAGCGAAAAGGUAAAAGGAAAAGCAAGAUCAUUCAGUUUGAGAUCCUGACAGCAAUAAUGUAGAAGGUUGACUAUAUGGGAGUGGAAGGCAAGGGAAUGAAACAUCCUGGGAUUGGAGGCUUGAAUCAUUAGCAUAGAAAGGAGUGAGGGAAGAGUAGAACCAUAGUGGCAACUAUGUAGCAGCUGACCCUCCUCCGGCUCUGCGCCGGUGGUAGGCAUUGCUAAUCAAUCCCAGCACACCUUCCGGCAGAGCCCGGUGCUCCAGAAGUCAGAGGCAAAGGGUUUCUCCGGGUAAGGAUCGUGGGCACAGCCAAAUGCUGCCUGCAGUCAGAGCGCACAGGAUGAAGACCCAACAGGCUGCUGGGCUGACAGGCUGAAAGGCACUGGUGGCCACGUGGCUGUCCUCCACUUCGAGUCCCGCUGCUGUGUUCAGGCUUCGGGGCAGGAUCCCAGCUGAGGGCUAGAGUCCAGGAACACAAAGCUGAGAGUGAAGCAGUGUCCCCUCUCCUGGAGCCCCCAGGCUGAGGGAGAGAGCCAUCAGCAGGUCUCUGACCCAUUCCUAGUGGAAAUGGCCCCGAUGCUUAUCAAGUGAUGAAUGGAUAAACAAAAUCCAUGUUCAUACAACGGAUUGUUACUCAGGCAUAAACAGGAAUGAAGUGCUGAUGUGUGCUGCAGUGUGCAACCUUGACACAUGCUGCUCAGUGAAAGAAGCCAGUCCCAAGAACCACGUGUUGCGUAAUUCUGUUUGUAUGAAACGUCCAAGACAGGAAAUAUUAAAAUGGACCUUCAAAAAUGCUAGGUUUACAAUGAGAAAUGUUAUAAUUCAGAGUUUGCUUUAUGGAUCCUUGACACUUGGGGUCUGGACAGCUCUCUUUGGUAUUUAUUUUCACCAUAAUAAUGUGAAGAACCAGGAGAAGAAAAUCCAGACGAAAGGAAAUCCAUUGAUUUGGUCCCUUGGGGAAAAACUGCAAGAGCAAAGUAUCCAUGGCUCGAUGCAAAUACGAAGACCCCGUGAAAGGCUUAAUGAAGAUGAAACUGAAGAACAAAAGCCAAUUUCUGUAUUAGGUGAGGAUUUUAACUAUACGGACACAGAACUUAUUUAUGGAUAUAUGAAAUAUGGCUUUAAUCACAUCGUCAGUAAAAGCUUGGGCAACUACAGAAAUGUGCCAGAUAGCAGGAAUAAAAUGUGUCAUCAAAAACAUUACCCAGCCAACCUCCCUACUGCCAGCAUUAUCAUUUGCUUCCACAACGAAGAAUUUAAUGCCUUGUUACGGACAGUGUCCAGCAUCAUGACUCUCACGCCACAUCAUAUCAUUGAAGAAAUUAUUUUGGUUGAUGACAUGAGUGAAUACGAUGAUUUGAAAGAGAAACUGGACUAUCAUUUGGAAAUAUUUCGGGGAAAGAUUAAAGUAAUAAGAAACAAAAAGAGAGAAGGGUUGAUCCGAGCACGGCUGGUGGGAGCAUCGCGAGCAUCAGGGGACAUUCUGGUGUUCUUGGAUAGCCACUGUGAGGUGAAUAAAAUCUGGCUGGAGCCCUUGCUGGAUGCCAUCGUCAAGGACCCCAAAAUGGUGGUGUGUCCUAUCAUGGACGUCAUUGACUAUGUCACCCUGGAGUACAAGCCCUCUCCCGUUGUAAGGGGCGUUUUCAACUGGCAUCUACAGUUCGAAUGGGAUCGUGUUUUCUCUUAUGAGAUGGAUGGACCAGAUGGACCUACCAGACCUAUCCGGUCACCCGCGAUGGUUGGAGGACUUUUUGCUAUACAUAGGCAUUAUUUUAAUGAAAUUGGACAGUAUGACAAAGGCAUGAAUCUCUGGGGAGGAGAAAACCUGGAACUUUCUCUAAGGAUUUGGAUGUGUGGAGGCCAGCUAUUUCUACUCCCCUGCUCUCGAGUAGGACAUAUCAAUAAGCCCUACUUCACAAAUCAAGGUGAAAUUAAGAAAGCCAUGGCAUAUAACAACCUCCGCAUUGUGCAUGUCUGGCUAGACGAAUACAAGGAGCAGUUUUUUUUACAAAACCCUAGGCUGAAAUCUCUUGCCUAUGGUAACGUUAGUGAGCGUGUUGAAUUAAGGAAACGAUUGGGUUGCAAGUCAUUUCAGUGGUAUUUGGAUACCGUCUUCCCAGAACUGGAGACAAGUAACAGCAUCUGAUGAAAGGAAGACCAAUCGUUUUUGUUGAUAAGGUGUUAAAAAGUCCCCCGAUCCUUCACCAUAGAGAAGAGGACAAAUUUGGAACACGGUGAAAUUCAGUAAGAAAUAUAACCCAGAAUGGUCUAUAGCAGUACUGCCUUUUCUUUCCUCCUUUGAUGAUACCUCUGUGUGCUUUGUUAGUCAUCUGCCCCUAAAUUUCUGGCGUGGCAAGACCUUGAACAUUAGACAUGCACAUGAUCACGCAGUUAAGACGACCAUGCACUUGACAGAGGUCAAGUGUAUUAUCUCCACUUAGUUGCCAAACUCACUUGGUCCUGGAAAACCCCAAAGACUGCUCCAUUCUUUGCCAACUCAGUUCCUACCCCAAUAGGCGAUCUGGGCCAGUGACCUCCCCACAAAGACAUUUGCAGAGAGCUUGGUUGGACCGUACCAACUUUGGCUCAGCUGCACUGAGCUCCGUGCUUGCUGCCAGUGUAGAUUCUGGCCCUGACACCUUGCUUGAUUGGAUUCCCGAGUUUCUGAUGUCCAGUCACUUGCCUGGGUGUCCUGGUCCAGCUCUCCAGGUCCGUCUCCCUGUCUGUUCCUGUCGGCCCUUCCGUUAACUGGAGACAUUCCCUCUUCCCUGCUUCUGAUUUUGCCUUUCUUAUGUCUGUUUCCUCCUGUCACUUCUUGGACUGCAAGCCUUGUUGAUAACCUAUGUUCUACAUGACUCGAGACCUGUUAGCUGGGAUUGGGGCAGAAAUAACAAGGUUCUACAUCCAUUCCGUGGGAACACACUCCUAUAUACCUAAAGGGCUUCUUUUAGGGUCGCGGGAUGGCUAUUGCAUUCACCCUGGUGAAAGUGGCUAGAAAAGUGAAAUAUAUUUAAUUCACACAACAGAGAAAAUGAGGGAAGGAACACAUUGAAAGGAGUGGAAAGGAGGAGUCUUAGGAUCACUAAACAUACCUGCUGCUGGAGAAAAUAUAAGCUAGUUUUUUACAGAGGGAAACAGCUUCACUGAUCUCCCCUUUUGGCUUGGCUGGUUAAGAACCCGACUGGUAUCCAUGAGGAUGCGGGAUCAAUCCCUGGCCUUGAUCAGUGGGUUAAGGAUCCGGUAUUGCCGUGAGCUGUG